UGCACUAUUCACCUCUCAAUAGGAACAAUACCAUGACCACCUCAAUAGCAACACAAUAGCAGUAGUCUUCCCUGUACAGUACUAAAACCAUUCCUGCCGCCCUCUCCAAGUCUUGGAUAGCUCUCUCCUUCAAUUCAUCUCCUACAGUCACCAACAAACCCAUCCUUUCUUCAUAUACGUCACCAGCCCUACUCAUCUCGCAAUCACCAAGAUGCCACCAAGAGCCAAUCGUCGCAUCAGCAGGACGUCGAGCCGCGCCUCUUCCACCAAAUCCACGAAACGUGUUACCAAAUCCAAGAGCCCCACAACAACCCGCACCAAACGCUCCGCGAGCGCAACCAAAGCCCUCGAAGCCGUUAUACAAGGACCUGCCUUCCGGUUCAUGGAUCUGCCCACCGAACUGCGCCUAAACGUGUACCGCUACGCGCUCAGCACUCCCGACCCGCUUUCCCUCCACAUCCCACCCGCCCCUCGACUGACCCCGGACAUCGAGCUGGUCGAUGAGUACGGCGACCGCUACCGCACCGUCUCCACCACGCGCCGCGCGCGCGGCCGCGCCAGACCCGCGCCCACGCACCAACCGGCGACGGAGCCGCUCGCGCCAGCGCUCAUCGCGACGUGCAAGGACGUGUGCCGCGAAGCGCGGCCUGUGCUAUACGGCGACAACACGAUCCGGCUGCGGCUCGACUCGGCGCUCAACAGCAUCAACGCGCUCACGCAGCGCAACCGCUCGCUCAUCAAGCACGUCACGCUCACGAUCCCGACGCACCACGAUAUCCUGGAGAGCUUCGCGGACCUGGUCCGCCUGGGGCUGCGGUACUGCUGGAACCUGCAGAGCUUUGGGGUCAGCUUGCCGUAUAUGUUUCCCGAGGAGCGGAGCGUGGCGAGCACGACGAAUGUGUAUGCGAAUGCCUUUCAUAUACUCAGGUGGCUGCCGAAGGGGUGUAAGGUUAGGUUGGAGGGGAAUGUGCAUGAGGAGAUUAGGCGCGUGGUGGAGGAUAAUUGUAGGCUGGCGGGGGAGUUGGAUGAGAAGGCGUAUGCGAAACGGCAGCAUCAGAUGCCGGAGAAGAGUUGAGGGGGUGUUGGGGAGUGGUGUGGCAUUGGGUAGUAGCGUGAGGACGGAGGGCUGAUUUUGAGGGUUGGGCAGAAGCGGGUUGGAUCGAGCUGUGGAUUGGCUGGGUUGGUUCUGUAGUGUUUGAAUUGAAGCUGGAUUACUUCGUGUUUGGACUUGACUAUGGCGUGGUGAGAGAGCUUCGGUGGUGUGUGAACUGUUGCAAUUGCUUUAUCUGAUCCCUCCGAUUCAGAUGUAUUUUCCUACAACGAGUAAUAUGGAUAUCGGAAUCUCACGUGAAGAUGUGAGAGCGAGAUCCAGGAGCUUGAUAUUGCUCAUUUGAUCCUGGC